CGCUGCAUUACCUAAAGUAGCAUAAAGAGUGUCAACAAUUUAUAAAGGCUGGUCCAGUUUGAGUUGAACAGCGGUUUUAAAACCAUAGAUACAUUAAUUUAUUAUUAAAACUCUGUUUGCUAAACAUGAAGGUCCUUAACAAAGACGAGCUUCAGAUCGCUGAAGAAGUUCUGCUGAAACACUUACCGAAGAGUUACAAGGUCUACGGUUUCCUAUAUGGCAUUAACAGGAACAAACCAAGUACUUUGGAGGUGGUUGUUGAUAAAUGGCCAGAUUUUAAAGUUAUUAUUUGCCGACCUGAUCCCAAGAAUAAACGCGCCCUGGAGUUCAUGAAAAAGGUGACAGUAUACAGUACAGAUGAAGAGGUUUUAAGGAAAGUGUUGAGAGAAGAAAAGGCAGUUGACUGGAGCACUUAUUUCCUCGUUGGGGGAUUUGACAUUUUCUACGCUCCCAUACUCAAAGAAGUGUCAGCUGAAAGAGACAUCAACAACAGAGGGUACACUUUGGUGCAUCUUCUUUACUUGCCAGACAUCAGCUGUUUGCUCAUGCCAGAGGUUGACAGUGAGCUUCAUUCAAGGAUUUCAUCUCUUAAUCUUUCACAUGCUGACUUGGUGAAUAAAACCUGGAAGUUUGGAGGCAACGAACAGGGUCACAGGAACAUUGAAAACCUGAUCAGCAACUUUCCAUCCUCCUGCAUCACAGACGUCCAGGGUCAGCCAGUGUCCUGGAUGCUGGUGUAUGAUUACUGUGCUUUAGGCAUUUUGUACACUUUGCCAGAGCACAGGGGAAAAGGCUAUGCCAAAGUGUUGGUCAGCAUCAUGGCAAAAAAACUCCAUGCUGAAGGUUAUCCUGUUUAUUGCUUCAUAGAAGAGGACAACACAGUGUCCCACACACUAUUUAAGAACAUGGGGUUCAUUGAAGAUGCCUCUUACAGGGCAGCAUGGUUUGAGUUCAAGUUUUGAUCUCGUAAACACAAGGAAGAAGUGACCAUUAAUGACCAUUCCCCCAUUGGGGAAAAAUUGUAGAUGUGUUGAAAUGUGAUGAAAAUAAAAAAUAAGCCAAAGGUUUUCCAUUAGAUAUUCAAUGUUGUAAAUGUUUGUAGUCAUUUCAUUCAUUUGGUCUAUGAGUGUAACUUUUAUUGGUCACAGAUUACAUUUAAGCUCCCCAAAGCAUGGGUCAAAACCAAAGUUUUUACAAUAUUGAUACCCCAUGCACAAAUGAAAAAUGUCAUGUCAGUGGUUUUAUUUCAUGCAUAUCUUGAUUUCUGUUUCACAUGGAGUGUGUUCUUUUAACAAUCUGCAAGCUUUAGUAAGUUUUCAUUGAGAACUUUGCACAGGUUCAAUCUCUGCACUUUUCAGUGUCUUUUAUUAUCCCCUCAAUUUUUAUAGGCUAAAUAAAAGUUACAGUUCUGAGACAAUUUUAAACUUUUCCCCCAAACAUUUAACUCAUUUCCAGAAAGUGUGGGUCAGUUUCUCAAAACUGUAAACACAAUCCCAAAAGUGUUAACUAUUUUGCAAAAACAUCAAAGAUCUCUUGCAAAAUCAAACACUUCUUGUUCUUGAAGAUAAUUCAAAGAUGAAGAUGUAAAAAUCACAAUACCACCACAUGUGAUGACUGUAUAAAAUUAAUUUGAUGAGAAUGCUGAACAGAUAAAACUUGAUGCGAUUGUGAUUUUGCUUAAAGCUGUUUUCUCAUUGUCAAUAAAUUACAAGUCUCUGUGCAACAGUGAUUAAACUUAGUAAACA